AUGGGAAAAAAAGGAUUGAAGUAUGUAACAGUGGCGGUGGACUACUUUACGAAGUGGGUUGAGGCUGAGCCACUCCCUACAAUCACUUCUAAGAAGGCAUUAGAAUUCGUUAUCAAGAACAUCUUUUUCUACUAUGAGCUGCCGAGGAAAAUAGUCUCUUACAACAGCCUGCAUUUUGACAGUGAGGUAAUCGUAGACUUCUAUCAGCGGCACACCGUUUUGAAGGGCUUUUCCUCUAUGGCCCACCAACAGGAAAACGUUCAAGUGGAAGGAGUCAACAAGACGCUCAAAGCCACCAUGAAGAAAAGGCUUGAACAGGAAAAAGGCACUUCGCCCGAGGAGCUACCUAAGGAAUUGUGGAGCUACCGUACCACUGCCAGGACCUCCACUAGCCAUUCUCUAUGGCUUAUGGAAUCCCUGGACCUUGUGGAGGAGCUCCGUGAAAGUAGCCAGACAUUUGAACUCUAA